AUGGAUCCGACACCCAUUCCAAUAACAUUAAAUUAUUUGAAGAGUUGUUUCGGUGUGAAUAAUUUCACAUCCGUUGACGAUCAUCAAACAGACAAGAAUUUGGACAUUCAAGAGCUUAUAAACAAUGUUCGAUAUUUUGAUCAACAUGACGAAUCUAAAGGGUGUAUUAGAAAAAUUAUGAUUGGAUAUCCGACAAGGAGUUUUUCAAACUUAUUUGAAGAGAUUGCAUUUAUUUGGAUCUUGUGGAUGGAACAAAACCAAUUUCCAAUUCAAUUUCAAAAAUUCACUUUGCUAGAAGACGAUUGGCACUAUUAUUCAAUGUUUGAAGAAACCUUUACGAACAGAAUACUAGCACUGAAACAAGCGAUGGAUCAAGAAAUACCACACAUUCAAGAAAUGGUCCAUUCAAUUAUCAGGGAUAUGGGCUUGAGAGGAAUUCAAACAUGUUUACGAAUGAGAAAAACCGUUGGAAGUAUUCGAUAUCUUAUUCCAACCUAUUCUGCACUCGUUACUGCAUUUUGUCGUGUCUUGGAACCAAGUAGUGGUCUGACCGUAGGUGCAAGAGCUCUUGCAAAACAUUGUCAUCGAAGUGAAACAGACAAGUGGUGGGGAGGCUCGAACAUCCUCAAAGGAAAUGCACAACAGAAAAACAAAACAGCACUUUCAAUUCUUUCCAAGAUUCUUGAUGAAGCAACCUUCAUUAAUAGCCAUACCCUUCCACACAAUGUACCUUGUAUUGAAGUGAGAAAUCAUGAAGGUUACGGAUCAAGGUGGAUCUAUAAGAGACAUCUCUCCUCGCAUCAUCAUCCUCAUAAUAAUACGGAGAACAACAACCCACGCAUGAUGCAUCACACCACUAGUCUUGUUGACUCAUCGACUAGUCAUAAUAUCAUUGAUGUAUCAACAACCAGUGAAUCAGCAGUUGAGGCUAUCAACCACUCCAAUAACCGCUGUAGUAGCAUCUCUACGAGUUCAAUGUGCUAUGAAGACGAUAACCAAAUAAUAUUUCGAGGUUUUUUGGAGCCAUAUCAAGCAAAUGGACAUGAGAGUGGAUGGAAGCAUUGA